UCGGGGAUUCGGUCUGCAAGUGGGCUGCUGAGGUGCCUGAAGGUCGGACAGAAGUUCGGUGCAGCCGGGGGAUGGGGGGUAUUGAGUUUGGAGGUAGGAGCAUCUCACCCCUGCUUUUUGUGGAUGAUGUUGUCCGCUUCGGUUCUUGCUACGAAGGUUCACAGCUGAGUGUGAAUUAGCUGGGUUGAGGAUCAGCACCUCUGUAUCCGAGGUCAGGGUCAACCUCAGUUCAGGGACGAGUUUAACAUCUGGGUCUAGCUAACGACUGAGGGGAGAAGAAGCAGGAGAUCGGGGCUGAACCAUGUGCUGGUGAAGAGAACGCUAAGCCAGAUAGAAGCUCCAGCUGGUCUCCGUUCCUCUUCUCGCCGGUAGUCAGGAGCUUUGGGUGACGACUGCGAGUACAAGAACAAACGACUUAUGUGUAAAGCUGGCUUUCCUAGAGGCAAACAGCUUCCUGUGAUUUCAGUAAGCUGGGUGAAGCGCUGACUCUCUGGUUGUUUACAGGUCAGACAGCACCAUGUUGGAGGCUCCAGCCAGCUGGAACUUUUCCCACACCAGCUUCAUCUUCAGAGGUUUCCCUGAGCUCCAGACGUACCAUCUUCUGCUGGGGUUUCUGUUCUUCUUCUCCUACCUGUCGGUGCUGUUGGGAAACUCCACGCUGGUGUUUGUAAUCCGCCGGGUGCAGCGUCUGCACAGCCCCAUGUACCUCCUCAUCUGCGCCCUUUGCUUUGUUGACAUCCUUGUGGUCUCCACCAUCCUCCCCAGAAUGUUGCUUGGCCUGCUGUUCGAACUGAACCGCAUCUCCUUGGCUGGCUGCCUUAUCCAGAUGUUCUUCACUCACUUCCUCUCCUCAGUGGAGUCCACGCUGCUGCUGGCCAUGGCCCUGGACCGCUAUGUGGCCAUCUGCAAGCCGCUCCGUUACGCGGACAUUGUGGGCUCAUCCAUGCUGCUGAAACUGGCGCUCUUCACGCUUGUGCGUAGUGUCUCCAUCAUGGCGACUCUGGUGGGUUUGGCGGGUUCUCAGUGGUUCUGUGGCUCCAACAUCAUUGAGCAUUGUUACUGUGACCACAUGGCGCUGGUCAGCCUGGCGUGUGACAGCACAGAGAAGAGCUGUGCAGCAGGCCUGGCUGUAAUCGUCUGUUUUGUGGGUGCGGACAUUCCCAUCAUUUUCUUCUCCUACAUGAAGAUACUGAGCGUUGCUCUACAGAUGACGGCAGCAAGUGAAGAUCGUCUUAAGGCCUUUCACACCUGUAGCACUCACCUGAUGGUUAUAAUGUGCUUCUACCUGGUGGGCAGCAUCACCUUCCUGUCUCACAACCUGAACCUCCGUAUAUCCAAGGACGCCAACACCAUCAUGGGUAUCAUGUACAUUCUGAUCCCAGCGACGGUCAACCCCAUCAUCUAUGGUGUUCGCACCAAAGAAAUCCGACACGGCUUCCUGAGACUCUUCAGAGUCCAGCAGGAGAGGACCAAGAAGGUUCAUCCAGCUGAAAAGGAACAAACCUGAAAAUUUAAUAUUCAGUUUGCUUGUUGCUGGACUGGAAUUGACUUCAUUAACCCUCCCACUGUCUUUAUGGGUGAC